AUGGCUCACAAGGAAACAUACGAAUUUCAACCAAUCCCAUCAACUCAAGAAUUAGAUGACAACAACGUCCCAUUCUUCCAUAGAGAUAAAUGUGCCGCUCCUUUAAUUGCUUACUACAAGUGUCUUGAUAAAGGAACUUCUUUCUGUAGUGUCACAAAGGAAGACUUCUACAAAUGUCAAUAUGUUGCCUUGAAAGAAAGACUUGCAAAUCAUACUAAACAAACUCAAUAA